AUGUCGCAUCGCAAGAAAGUGUUGCUCAAGCUGAUCAUUCUAGGUGACAGUGGAGUGGGGAAGACAUCGCUUAUGAAUCAAUACGUGAACCAGAAAUUUAGCAACCAGUAUAAGGCCACAAUUGGAGCCGACUUUCUUACCAAAGAGAUCAUGUUGGACGACAAGCUUGUGACGAUGCAAAUUUGGGAUACUGCUGGUCAAGAGCGUUUUCAAAGUCUGGGAGUGGCAUUUUAUCGAGGCGCCGACGCUUGUGUAUUGGUCUACGAUAUUACCAACCCCAAGUCGUUUGAAAAGUUAGACUCGUGGCGUGACGAGUUUUUGGCUCAGGCAGGGCCAAGAGAUCCAGAUGCUUUUCCGUUCAUCGUGCUGGGCAACAAGGUGGAUAGGGAGUCAGAUAGAAGGGUUCAAACGCAGAGAGUCCAGGAAUGGUGUCGCUCUAAGAAUAUCCACCAACCAAUUCAACACUUUGAGACGAGCGCAAAAGAGGCGACAAGCGUGGAGGAAGCUUUUCGAACGAUCGCUAGCUCAGCCUUGCUAAAAGGCCAAGAUGACAUCUACAUUCCAGAGACAAUUGAUCUUACCAGCACUUCGCUUAAGCGUGAGAGCUCUUCAUGUUGCUGA